AUGGUAUCCGCCAAGCUGCACGACGCUUCGAACGGCGAUGUCAUUCAUGACGAUUCACGACAUCGUCUGGUCCUGCUCAACAAGCUCGACCGCAAACAGCCUGCUUAUGGUACUUUCCUGAUGCUGUCUUCAGCAUGGACAUCAAGAAUUGUCGCGCAGGCUGGCUGGGAUACUGCGAGCAUGGCAACAUUGACGAUGGUGAUAUGCACGAUAGCCGGUUUGAUGAUUCCCAUGAUCAAUACUGCAGAUCAAGCACGAGCGGUGGUGCAGGCGUCCAAAUUCCCCCCCAAUGGAGUGAGAGGUCAAGGUUCGCCAUUUGCAUCGACAGCUCAUGGCAUGACUACGCCCGAAUACCUCAGCACGGCGAACCGUAAUGUUUUGACAAUCAUCCAGAUCGAAUCGCAAGCUGGUCUCGCCAAUGUUGAAGAGAUAUGUCAAGUGGACGGAAUAGAUGCCCUCUUCAUUGGUCCUAACGAUCUAUCAAUGUCUCUGUUCAAUUAA